AUGCCUGGCCCAGCAAGGCCUCCCUCUACCCUUCCUGCCACGAGGAGGUCGGGUUUGCGACAGCCAGUUCGACGGGCGGGCUCAGCGGUCCCAGAGCGCCAUGCGUCGCCAGCGAUAUCUACGCCCUCUGUGCGAUCAUCUACCAUGAGCUCAGCGCGCGCGCCACCAAGAAGCCCAGAGAAGCUAAACCCUGCGACGAAACGAAAAGAGAAGGACUACGAGCGAGGCGUCAACGAAGACACAAGCAUUCACGUGGUGGUCCGCUGUCGUGGGCGCAGUGAUCGCGAGAUCAAGGAUAACAAUGGCGUUGUCCUGUCAACCCCAGAAGGUGUGAAGGGCAAGACUCUCGAUCUGUCGAUGGGUCCAAACGCGGUUUCAAACAAAACGUACGCUUUCGAUAAAGUUUUCUCUCCAGCGGCCGAUCAAACCACCGUGUUUGAUGAUGUGGUGACACCCACUCUAGACGAGAUGCUAGCAGGUUACAAUUGUACGAUUUUCGCAUACGGACAGACCGGAACUGGAAAGACCUACACCAUGUCAGGAGACAUGAAUGAUACACUAGGCAUAUUAUCUGAUGAUGCGGGAAUCAUUCCGCGCACACUUUACUCCCUGUUUCAAAAACUAGAGGGUACCGAAAGUACAGUGAAGUGCUCAUUCAUUGAACUUUAUAACGAGGAACUGCGCGAUCUACUGUCUUACGAUGACAGCACGAAACUGAAAAUUUUCGAGAACGAAAAGAAAGGAGGGCACAGCGUGAUGGUCCAAGGCAUGGAAGAGACUUAUAUUGACUCUGCUUCCACGGGUAUCCGACUAUUGCAAACCGGCAGUCACAAGCGUCAAGUUGCUGCGACAAAAUGCAACGACUUGAGUUCUCGAAGUCACACAGUUUUCACGAUCACCGUCCUCACUAAACGUACGACUGAGUCUGGUGAGGACAACAUCAGCACGGGAAAGUUGAACCUGGUUGAUUUGGCUGGUAGUGAGAACAUCGGGAGAAGCGGUGCUGAGAACAAGCGCGCGGCAGAAGCUGGUCUUAUCAACAAGAGUCUGCUCACUCUUGGGAGGGUUAUCAAUGCGCUGGUGGACAAAAGCUCGCACAUUCCCUACCGAGAGUCAAAGCUCACGAGACUGCUCCAAGAUUCACUAGGAGGCCAAACAAAAACUUGCAUUAUCGCCACAGUCUCCCCCGCGCGGAACAACCUUGAAGAGACUAUUUCUACCCUUGACUAUGCCUUCCGAGCAAAGAACAUCCGCAAUAAACCACAAAUCAACUCAACCAUAUCCAAGAACAAGCUUCUUCGUGAUAUCGGAAUGGAAAUUCAAAAACUCAAGAGUGAGCUCAUCGCCACACGGCAUCGCAAUGGUGUAUACAUGACACCCGACGCCCACGAAGAGAUGACUAUGGAAAUUGAGUCACGACGUAUAGUUAACGAAGAGCAACGUGCCAAGAUCGAGUCUAUGGAAUCGAGUCUCAAACACAAAGUGUCUGAACUACUUUCUAUCACUGGAAACUUCAAUUCACUGAAGCAUGACAAUGAGGAGACACAGUCUAAGCUGAACGACACAAAAGAGGUUCUUAACGAGACUGAAAAGUUCUGGAAAGAAACUCAGGACAAGCUGGACGAGGAGAAGGCCGUCCGGAAGGCCCACCAAAGCACUGAAAAGCAGCUCCGCCAGAUUGGUGCUGGCCUCGUCUCGACACUGAAUGGCACCGUCCAAGACGUGAAUGGGCUUCAUGCAAAAUUGGAUCGCAAGGAUAGCUUGGAAACACACAACCGUCAAACCUGGCAAACUUCGACUGGCGAGGUCUCAGAUGUGACACAGCAAAUCGAUGCUCGAAUGGAGGUCUUCCAGAACCAGCAUGCCAAAUUAUUGGAGGAUAUGUCGGGCAAGAUCCAUGAAUUUGUCGACCACGAGCUGAGCACCGUGAAGUCCACUCGCACAACACUCCGAGAUCUGGGUACUUCAUUUGACAAGGUGGAAGCAGAAGCCAAGAACAACACAUCUACCGCUCAUGACGACAUGAACCACGUUUUGGAGGAAAUCAAAGAUCUGCGUGAAGAAGUCAAAUCCAAAGUUGGUGAAGGUCUGAAUGGCUUGUCCGCCGCUGCGGCUCGAAUUUCUAAGGAGGUCAUUGGAGAGUUCUCUGAGUUCCACUCUCAACUGCAUACCUCAUACAGCACGCUCGGUAGAGAUUUCAAGUCCAUGUUUGACAACAUGGCAAAACACCUCGAUGAGCAGAAGUCGGAAGUCAACAAAUUACGUCUGGAGUUGCAGGCAGCUAACCGCCAGACGGUGGAGGCCAACAGAAAGGCUUCGUCCAAUCUCGCUCAGGUCUUGGAUGAAGAACAGGCCAGCGCACAAGCAGAACGUGAUACUCUCAUGUCUCAUAUUCGAGGACUACUUGAUGACUCAACAAAACGACAGAAUUACCGCCUCAAAGGCAAAUUCGACACCCUUCGCAAUGACAUCUCGACAUCAGGUGACUCGCUUGAGCAUGCCACUGCUCAACAUGAUAGGCAUAUUGAUGAAUGGAUCUUCAAGGAGGAACAGUUCGCCAAAGACAUUGCCGCUUCCAAGGAUGAGAUCAAGACUCGCAUGCAGAACGAUUGGGAGAUAUUCGACCAGCGCAACCUGUCGAUCCAUCGGGCAACCGAGUCUGUGCAUCAGGAGACUGUGCGUAUAGUGGACGCUCAAAUGAGUGACAUGGGUACACAGAUGGCAGCAUUGGAUGACUUCGUCGCCAAGGCCCGUUCACAAAACGGUCGUUUCCACGAGUCACACAUCGGCAGCCUCGAUGUCAUGGCAGAAAAUGUCCGCGAAUCUCGCACGAAUGUCUAUGGUCAACUAGAUGGACUAGCUGGGCGCGUUGAGCAACUCCAAGGUGACGUGGAAACACGCACUGCAAACCUUGCGCAAAGCAUGGUACCUCUACACACCGAGGUUCGCAAGCCGCUCACAGCCAUGCGCUCCCAGAUCCAGUCCCAUCCCAUGAAGGAGUAUGUUUCCACUGGCAUCACACCACAGAAGCGUCGCUACGAAUAUCCCUCCGAAUUGCCCCAGACCGAGCCCCACGAUGGUCUACGCUCUCGACACCGCACAUCCAAGCAGUUCACUGCUCUGCCAUUUAGUGAAGAAGAUCAACAGGAUUCACUCUUGCCUAAUUCCCCUCAAAUGCCUUCGCCGGCUAAGAAAUUUGUUUAUAACGAUACCCCGGAAGAGGUAGGCCACCCUCUUCCAUUCGCUACUACACCCUCCAACACCGGUCUUAGAGAAGUCAACCCAAACGUCGCCAGACCGGCCGUGUCUGAUCUCGAAGAUAUUCCCAACAAAGCCGAAACCCCCACGUUGACAUCCGCCGUGGACCUCGAUGAGACUCCCGAGAAGGUAGAAUCCGAGCAGCCUUCCCGAAAACGCCGUCGCUCCAACUCAGCUAUCCCUGCUGAGAGCAAAUUACCCAAAACCUUGCUUUCCAAAAAGAUGACUGGUGUGAUGGAAGGUCGUGAAAAUCUCCACCCCUCUGCGGCUGGAGGCCGGAGGUUCAGAAACCGCUCCGAUCAAACGUGA